GACCAUGAAUUUCUUCAGGUACGAACCUUGAUGCAGCGACGAAAGGUGAGAGGGAGAAUUGGGAUCAACCAAUCGACAUCGACUCACGAUAAUAAAACAAAAACGACGACGGCGCGUUACCAGUCGAAGCUGGUCUUCCUCCUCCUCCACCCCACAGACUGACUGACCAUGGUCACGCCAAAUUGCUGGAGGUGCCUUUUGCGGCCUUCCAUGGCCGCUAUCAAGGCCGCCCCCCGUCGCGUGGCCAUGCCCGGCAUCCUCGCCACCAUGCCGGGCCCCAUGACGACGGCGGCAGCCUUCUCGGUCAGCGCGCCUGUUGCUGCUUCGGCCCCGACUCCGGCCGCUCCCAAGAAGAGGAAGGGCAACGCAAGCCGCAAGAAGAAGACGUACAAGCCCACUGGCAAGUCGCCGCUGCCGGGCGAGAGAAAGGCCUUCCGCAAGCGCAUCCAGCUCAGCAACAAUAACGCCCUGCGCGUCGAGGGCCUCCAGACGCUGACCAGGCAGGUCAUUGGCGACAGGAAGAGCAUCGGCUCGGUCUGCGCCCUCUCGGAGCCCGUCGUCGACCAGCUGAGGGCGGUAGAGGCCUUUAAGCAUACCCAGACGUGGGGCCUGUUCCACGCACCGCACACGCUCAUCAGGACCGAGACGGUUGAGCUGGCCGAGAGGAUACAAAAGGCUGCGGUGAACAAGGAGAACCUCCGCAUGGUCAUCUCUGGUGACAAGGUUACGGGCAAGAGCACAUUGCUGCUGCAGGCCAUGACCACCGCCUUCCUCAAUGACUGGAUUGUCAUCAACUUCCCUGAAGCCCAGGAACUCACCACAGCCUGCACGGAGUACGCCCCGUUACCAGGCACUACACCCCAGCAGUACAUGCAACCUGUUUACGCCUACAACAUUCUACAGCAGAUGCGCAAGGCUAGCGGCCACAUCUUGCAGACGAUGACUGUGCUGAACAAGCACCAGGACCUCUCCCUGGAAAUUAUUACACACGCCUCUUCCCUCCUGGAUCUUAUCGACUCUUGCAAGGAGACCGAAACCGCUUGGCCCGUGCUGCAGGCUCUUUGGACCGAGCUGCAAACUCCCUCCAAGGAUCGCCGCCCCGUCAUGGUCACGCUCGAUGGCCUCGCCCACAUCAUGCGCACGAGCGACUACCGCUCCCCUGCCUUUGAGCUGAUCCACUCGCACGACCUGACCCUCGUCCGCUGGUUCGUCGACGGCCUGUCCAACGGCAACGGCUUCAACGGCUUCCCCGCCGGUGGCGCCUUCAUCGCCGCCGAGACCAAGGGCAACAGCCCCAAGUCCUUCAGCGUCGAGCUCGCCAUCGCCCAGCGCGAGGCCGUCCAGCGUGGCGAGGAGCCUCCCGCCAGGGACCCUUACUGCCGCCACUACGACGCACGCGUCGACGAGGCCCUCAAGGACGUGCCCGUCCUGCGCCUUGGUGGCAUGUCUAGGGCCGAGACCCGCUCGCUGAUGGAGUACUGGGCCGCCAGCGGCCUGCUGAGGGAUGCGGUUGAUGAGAAAAAGGUUACCGACGUGUGGUCCAUCGGCGGCAACGGCAACGUUGGUGAGAUGGAGCGCGCUGCGUUGAUGACCAUGAAGAUGUAGAAGGCGAGGGGGCAAAGUGUGUAUCAUAUUGUGUUUAUGCAUUUUUCAGUUUUUUUUUCUUCCCUCUAUGUACAAUGUGCAGGGUGUACAUAAUACUGUAAUCAUAUAGAGAUGGGAACAAUAAAUCUUGAAAUGUAACAAAUAUAGAGAUGGUUGAGUGUAGUCUGUUUGGGUAUUGCAAUUGACUCGGUAAGCUU